UGAGCAGGGAUCUGUUUACAAACUGAGGGCUGUAGAAGAGAAGUGGAGAAGAGAGAGGAGGAGAGUGAAUGUGAGAGGAAAACACAGGAGAAGAGCCUGGAUAUGCAUUGACAUUAGCCGCAUUGUCUUCCUGUGUUGUAUACUUCUCUGUGUUCUUUGUUCAGAGCAGAAGGCUGGGGAAGACAGGAACACUGAGGCUGCCUGCCUGCCUCUCUGCCUCUCUGACCGCCUCGUCGGCUAGCCGUGCUGCUGGGAAACCCAUCCAUGUCCUUCCCUUUGUGUCUCCAUAAUUGGCAAAGGCAGGUUUUCACAGCGAGAGAAGAAUAAAGCGACGUGGAGAUCUAAAAAGAGAGGAGAGAGAAGAAAGGAAGGGAGAAGAGAAAAGAAGAGGAGGAAAGGAGGGAGAGCCUCGUGACAAUGUUUUGAAGGGGAGGCAAACCAAAAAAGCAGGGACUGCGCUCGGCCAGAGGUACAUAACAGUGCUGUAUGGGAUUUGGAGUAUAUUUCCUCAUACUGUCAGUGACAUUGGUGUCUUUUUUUUUUCUAUCCACCAAGCUCACAGGUUCAUCUCCAAGACUGUUGUCUUUGUCUUUCAGUGGAAAAUCCUCACUGCAGACUGAGGUUCAAAUGAGCAGCUGGUUAUUUUGGUAAUGUCCUCUGGAGAAACUGGGAGUCUCUAAUCAGUUCUGCUUACUCCAGACCACAAGGAUUUAAGUCACUGCACAUUCUCUCAACUAUCAGGGUUAAACUAAGUAGUGGAAAAGUAGUGGAUGUACAGGUCAAAGCUUGUGCUUUUGUGGAAACCAGACUUUGUGAUAUUGGAGAGAUCAUGACCCCAAAGAUUUUUUAGGUUUACCAACUGAACAUUCGCACAUUUGAUGCAUCCAGUUCCAUUGUGUAACGGGUCUAUGUGUGACAUUGGAUUGCAGAACUCCGACCCUUACGGCAAGAUGACAUCUGAAGAGCUCUUCCACCUGCCGCUCAACAUCUAUAUCAUCAUCCUGGGCAUCGGCCUCUUCAUCCUCAUGCUCACCCUUUUCUUCUGUUGCUACCUGUUCAGGCUCAGGAGACAAGGUGCAAGAGAACAGUUUGGCUACAAUGAGGUUGUUUUGAAAGGAGCGGGGAAGAAACUGAGCCUUCUUGGUCAAACAUGUGCCGUGUGUUUAGAGGAGUUUCGCAGCAGGGAUGAGCUUGGAGUGUGCCCAUGUUCCCAUGCCUUUCACAAGAAGUGUCUGCUAAAAUGGUUAGAGAUCCGCAGUGUCUGCCCCAUGUGCAACAAGCCCAUUUGUCGCCUCCGGCCUAACCCCCCACAAGCACCUGAGCGGCCACAGAGUCUCCUGGAGGUCUGAGAGGGGAACAUAUGUAACAAAAGCACCUCUCCAGAUAGUUGACACCUUGUCACCUGUAGUUUUAGUAAUGCAAACAUUUCUUCAAGGCAGAGCUACUCUGGAAGUAGAACUUAUAUAAUUGUCUGAGUUAAACAGUAAGUGCAGAGCCUAAGGGGCCUACCUGGUAAACUAUAUGGGGGGAGAUUGUAACACUGAGACAGAGGUGGUAAUGCUAAUUCAUGAUUAAGGCUAACUAUCAAGCCUAGAUACUGCAAUCUUCAGUACAUAGCCAGAUGUUUAAGCUAAGUGCCUUAAAGCUGCAGAUCCUCUCAAUGAGAGAUGACACCCGUCAGCACUGGGCACAAUGAUGAGGAUUCAUGCAUGCAUGGAAUCCAGUUUACUCCUCAUUAUAGAUAAGUUAUGUAGGAAAUGGUGAAUGAGUUGUGGCCAAUUGUCCUAAAUUGUCUGGCGCCACUUAACUGCCAAGCUAACAGUGAGACAUCCAUCCUAAACUCCAGGCUUCAGAAAGCUCCUUCUCAAUUCUACUUUAACAUUUGUUCUACAGUCUAUUUUGUUAACAAUAUUACCUUUUUAAAUGGGCUUCAGUUUACUCAAUUACUUGUCUUGCAGCAAAACUGUGGUUAGCUUCACCCACUGAAGUUUGAUUUGGUUAUCUGUUGAGGGGAAACUUUGUGGGGGAGAAAGGAUUUACAGCACCACAUGUGACAUCAAGACAUCAGCAUUUACCAUCACCAUUAUGGCAUCAUUACCAAAAACAUAUCGCUGGCAUCAUUAUCAGAGAGAGAUAAUACCAGCUAGUUGGGAAAUGUUCCAAUUCCUCAUUUAAGUGGGGUCAGAUUAGACAGCUUCUAUGUGUCUUCUACUUUUGUGUCACCCAAACAGUGUGUUGGUCCCUCAGCAUGGGGAUUGUUACUGCUGUAACCCAACUAAAAAAAUAAUUUCUGCCGCCAGAGCAGCUCUGCCUCUGAGAAAUGUCAGUCUGCUCGUUUUUUUACUUUUCUCAACAACAAAAAAAUGACAUGCAGUGCCACAUGAAUAUGAUGUGUCUCAGUCUUUCACCGCAACUUAAGAGCCCGAAGCUUAGAACGAAGAAGAUUCAACCCCCUUUGGGUUAUUGCUGCCCAAAAGUUGAUGGUAAAUGCAGAGACUGUGAUGAAAGAUGUGCAGUUGUGGAAAAGAGGACUUUUAACAAAACAGGACAGUUGUAAACUAACAGGAAACAUGGCUAUGUGUAUUUUACCUAUAACCUUUCAUUGUCUGAGCUAAAUGGCAAGACAUAUAUUGUCAUAUGGGACCUGAUAGAAACUACAGGCAACGACAUUCAGCUACAAUUAAUGGCCAACCAGUACAUUAACACAUACAUUUUAAGUUAUUUCUAAGAAAGUGUUUUGUAUCAUAACAGGCUUACAGUUAAAGGUAUUGUGCGUCAGUGAUGCUAAAGCACGUUGAAUGUCAUUUGUCAGUAGUAAUAGUUGGAUGUCAUUGUUGCCAGUGGGACAGAUGACAUCUUAGCUCCGCUCUGUACUGUGGUGAUAUAAAUAGACACACUGCACUGAUAUGAAGAGCCUGUUUCUUGUCUGAGUGAGGUGCACCAUAAACAGCAUUCUCUGUAUGUACCAUGUAAUAUAUUAUGAGUACUGUGUAAAUUGUAAAUGCAAUUUUCUGAUUUUAGAAAAAAAUAUAUAACCAGUGUUUUGAUAUAGUCA